AGCAACCUCUAUCGAUCCUCCCCCCCGGUAGCCAUGGCUGCAGAUGGCAGGAUGCGCUGCUGUAGCAGGCGGAUGCAGGGUCGCAGCAAGAUGACUAGCGCAAGCGGUGCUGAGCAGAUGAAGCCCCACCAUGGGAUCUGUGGUCUCGUGAAGUCCGGCGGCGGCAACGGCAAGUCUGGUGACCGCAGGAUUGAAACGCACGGUGGCGCAAGUGGGAGCGUCGGCCACAUCGUCAAGUCAGGCGCCAUCGAUUCAGAGAUCAAGCCAAGCAGUGCCGACUCGGCUAAGGAUGCGUGGAUUUGCGUCCGCGGGCACCGCAUCACGCUGGUGGGACGCAUGAGAGUUGACGCCAAUGGCGACGUCUACGUCCCAGACUCCGAGGAUGAAGAGUCCGGCAUGGUGGUGGAUGCGGGCGGCGUGGAGAUGGCCGAUUUUGGGGCCGGCUCGGGUGCCGCGGAUGGCGCCCAGAUGUCCAUUGUUGGAGUCCCCACCGAAACCAUCGCGAUUGGGGCCGUCGGGGUUGCGGAGGAUGGCUUCGAUGUGGUGACUAAGGGCGUCCCUGCCGAUACCGUCGAGGUUGCGUCCGACGGGGGCGCCACAGAUGCCGUUAAGGUUGCAACUAGCGUAGGGACCAGCGAGGAGAUGCACCCAAAGGUGGCUGCCCGCAUGAAGAAGUUGCUUGCCCAAAUGGAUCCUACCUUCCACGACGUCUUUGUCAGCAUGUUCAAGACCACAAGGUUCAUGAGACGGCAAGCUACUACGUGAAAGCAAUGGACUGAAAUAGGUUAUUACUUCGCCAUAUCCAAUUAUUUUUAU